CCGGAAGUGGAGCAAACAAGCAGUGUGCCCAUAAUCUACUUAAUUCUUCGAAGAAGUGUAUGAACGUUCCGAAGUCAAUUACGUCGUUUCCCACUCUGCCCCUGGCAGAGAUGUCAUCGCGAACCGGUUCCCUUUACUCCGUACUCUCUUUCUUCCCUUGCAAGGCAGGGAAAAGUCAAGACUCGGACCGACUCCUGCUUUCAGUUCGGCAUGCCGAUGCACAUCAUCUCUUCCUGCAUUGCAGAAUGGGGUAUUCUCGGCGCAACCACACCACUGCAACCGCUGCACAUACUUGAUUUCCUUGUUAUCGUCUUCCCUCGGAGACCUUCUAGACCGGGCCGACCAGAUGUUUUUUUUUCUUUGCCUCCGACGGAGUACAUCGCUCCUUGGGGCCCUGAACGCGUGACGGGGUCCCGGAGGUGGCCGCAGCCAUCACCAGAAGCCGUAAUUCUUAGCACCGCCACCUCAAACAGAAGUAAAACAGCCGCUCGUUGUGGCAGCACACCGCCGACAAAUCAGCUCGCUACCAACUUCACCACCGGGCCGGUCGCGCGUCCUUUUCUGCCGUAUCACGUGGCGUAAGCUCCUGCGCCCCGAGCUAGUGGACUCUCCUAAUUGGAAGCAAGGAGCCCGAUUCGAGCGGGCCUAUCCCGAGAGUUGGGCAGCAUUGGC